ACCCCUCCACUCUUAAGACGUUUUCCCAAAUAAUACAGUUCAUGUCUGUGGGUUGAGUUUCAACUUGUCUGCACCUGCUUUAUAACGUUUUAGAAAGGCAAAACUCAAACCACUCUUCACAAAUGUCUCUACUGGGAUGCUAUUAGCUGGCAGCUAGCUAGCACCGGUCGGCAGGUGAGAUGGCACAAUGGCAGGUGUUGCAUGUCGGAGGUUCCCUAACAGCUGAAGAUAGAAGAAGGGGUCAGUCCUCCAAAAGAGGGAGAUAUCCUCAUGCUUAUGGCACCCAGGUCUCAAUGGAAUACCCACCAAAUCGUAUUUCGGGGGACCACGCUUUCUCAGUCAUGCCAGUAGAUGGGAAGGUGACCUUGCAGGACCUGAAUGAACGGCUGGCAUCCUAUAUAGAUAAGGUCAACAGCCUGGAAGCAGCCAAUCAUCAGCUGACCCUGCAGAUCAGAGAUCAUCUGGAGAACAGCUACCCUGCUGACUUCAGAGAGCUGGACACACCCCUGAAGACAGUGGAAGACCUGAAGAAACAGAUCAGUGAGCAGCACAUCUUUCACACCCAGCUCAAACUGCAGACAGUCAAUACGGAACAAGAAGCCCAUAACUACAACACCAAAUAUGAGGAGGAACACAGGCGACGGGUGGUUGUGUCUUCGGAGUUGGACUUCAUGCAGAGGCUCCAGGGGGAGCUCCUGUUCAUGAACAGACACCUGCAUCUCCAGCUCAACCAACAUGCCGAAGAUAUGGAUCUCCUCAAGACCAACCACGAAGAGGUGGUGCAGGAGGUUCUGUCGCGGUUGUCUGAACCCGUUGCCGUGGAGAUGGACUGUGCUCCUUCAGCAGACCUCACACAGGUCCUGGAUCAUCUCCACACCACGUGUCUGGCGCUGGUCCAGAAGAACCAGGCGGAGGCUGACACCUGGUUUCACAGACAGGCAGAACUGUUGAGACACCAAGUGAGUGUCUGUCCGGCGGGCUCCGAGGAGGGCCUGGUGGAGCGGAGGGAGCUGGAGAGAACCAGGCAGGCCCUGGAGGUCACCCUCCACAAGCAGCAGGCCCAGAACCAGUCUUUGGAGGCGAAUAUGGCCGAAGUGGACGAGCGGUUUGGCCUGUUGCUGCGGCGGUUGCAGCAGUUCUUAGGCUCCUUAGAGGCGGAGCUGCAGCACCUGCGUCUGUCUCAAGUACACCAGGCUGCAGACUACCAGAUGCUGCUGGACAUCAAGACCAGGCUGGAGAUGGAGAUCGCAGAGUACAGGAGACUCCUGAACGGGGAGGAAGACAGAACUUUGACCUUCAACUGCAAGGCUGAUGCCCCUAUUCUCUGUCUAGAGAGUAGCCAAGGUGCUCUCAUGAACAACGUCCUGGCUGACCCGAGCGGCCUUGAUUACGCAGAGGCCAGGGGCAGGGCGACCUCCAGCAGGGUCGGAGGUCAAAGACCAGUGGAGGCCAGCAGGGGGCGUGUCAGCAGUCAUGUGAUGGAGACACAGAGGGUGGAGCCGUCUCGUUCCAGGCCAGGCGAGGUCCCCCACGUCCCUCUGAAGGACGCCCGCAGCACAAGCAUGGGCAGCAGACACGUGGCCGUGGAUGAAAACCAGGGCACUCGAGAGCUGCACAAACAUCCCAACGUUGUGACUCUUGAACCUGUGAGCCAGGACACAGACCGGACGAAGGUGCUUCACUCCACAACCACUGAUGGCAGUCCUGAAGCUCCAUCGAUCAGUUUCAAGAGAGAUCAUCAGAGCAGCUGCAUGAACGAGAAGCAUAUCAAUUUGGCUGGAGGGUCAGUGCAGGCUAGCAGUGUCGAGACCAGAGAAGCAUGCAGCACUGAGAGUGAUGUCAAUAUGAACACACUAUCAACUGAGACCGCAGCUGGUGUUGUGACUCAUAUCAGCAACACAGUGCACAGACCACAGGACGAUCCCCCUCACCUGCAAAGUGAUGCUCACCUGCAAGUUGGGGAAGCAGUAAUUGAGGUCAUCUGUUCCUGGAGUGUGAGUCCAGGGAGAGGAGGUGUGAAGGUGGAGAGGAAGGGGUGGAGUGUGGAGCCUACAGUACUAGAUGCCCGUGCUGAGACUGGGGUUCUAGGCAGCGCUGAGACAGGGGUUCUAGGCAGUGCUGAGACUGGGGUUCUAGGCAGCACUGAGACAGGGGUUCUAGGCAGUGCUGAGACUGGGGUUCUAGGCAGUGCUGAGACUGGGGUUCUAGGCAGUGCUGACUUGACCAGUGAUGUACAGAACAAGCAGGUUGUGUCAGGGGAAGGAAACGGGGAUGUCAAGGAGGAAGGAAUGUUCACGUGUGGAGAUGAUGGAGGGAGUCACAUCAAUGUGGAUGUCCAGGACUUAAGUCCUGAACAAGGAGGUCUGUGUGUUGCAGAUAGGGUUGUUCAGUUGACCAGUGUAGAAUAUGGUAGUGAAGUGACCACUGUAGAACAAAGUGACCAAGUGACCAGUGUAGAACAUGUUGACCAGGUGACCAGUGUACAACUUGGUUACCAGGUGACCAUUGUAAAAAAUGAGGACCAUGUAUCCAGUGUAGAACAUGUUGACCAGGUGACCAGUGUAAAACAUGAUGAUCAGGUGACUAGUGUAGAACAUGGUGACCAGGUGACCAGUCUAGAACAAGUUGACCAGGUGACAAGUGUAGAACAUGUUGGUGAAGUGACCAAUCUAGAACAAGUUGACCAGGUGACCAGUGUAGAACAUGGUCACCAGGUGACCAUUGUAGACCAGGUGACCAGUGUUGAGAAUCGUGAUGAAGUGACCAGUGUAGAACAUGUUGACCAGAUGAGCAGUGUACAACUUGGUGACCAGGUGACCAGUGUACAACUUGGUUACCAGGUGAACAGUGUAGAACAUGUUGACCAGGUGACCAGUGUAGAACAUAGUGACCAGGUGACCAGUGUAGAACAUGGUGACCAGGUGACCAGUGUAGAACAUGUUGACCAGGUGACCAGUGUACAACUUGGUGACAAGGUCACCAGUGUACAACUUGGUUACCAGGUGACCAGUGUAGAACAUGUUGACCAGGUGACCAGUGUAGAACAUGGUGACCAGGUGACCAGUGUAGAACAUGUUGACCAGGUGACCAGUGUACAACUUGGUGACCAGGUGACCAGUGUAGAACUUGGUUACCAGGUGACCAGUGUAGAACAUGGUAGUGAAGUGACCAAUGUAGAACAUGGUGACCAGGUGACCAGUGUACAACAUAGUGACCAGGUGGCCAGUGUAGAACAUAGUGACCAGGUGACUAGUGUACAACAUAGUGACCAGGUGGCCAGUGUAGAACAUGGUGACCAGGUGACUAGUGUACAACAUAGUGACCAGGUGGCCAGUGUAGAACAUGGUGAAAAAACAUCUGGAAAUCAAAAGAAGAAAAAGAAACACCAUUUGAAGAACAGAGGCAAAGCAAGCACAGCAGCAAAGAGAGCUCAGGUUGAAAGUGAAGUAGAGCUAAUCUGUCAGGGUGCUGAUGCGGUCACUGUAACUGACAGGAGCAGCGCUGUGACACCUGUACAGGAGAACGGAGACCUAGUCAGCAUGACAAGAAGGAAGCUCACACGGAGUGGGGCUGUGAUAGUGACAGAAUCUGAGCGUCAAAGCCAUAUUAGUAUCAAGGAACCUGUGUUACAAGUAGAGAGUGUUGGUGGUAGAGUUUCCAUCACAAGUUCAGCCGACGGCAGCAACACCAUGAGUCCCAGCGAUCUGGGUGUGGAGGCAGAGAGCACCAGCGGUCUGGGUGUGGAGGCAGAGGGGACAGGAGGCCAGAGAACUGUCACCUUCACUACUGAUCACGUUAAGCGUGGGGGCAGUGCAAAAACAGGAGGAGUUGUGCAUAGCACAGCCGGUGGGAAAUCUAGAAUGAGUAGUGCUAACAGUGGAGGCAUGCUAAGUAGUUCCGCUAAUGGAGGUAUGCUUAGUCGUUCCGCUAGUGGAGGCAUGCUAAGUAGUUCUGCUAAUGGAGGCAUGCUAAGUAGUUCCAAUAAUGGAGGCAUGCUAAGUCAUUCCGCUAGUGGAGGCAUGCUAAGUCGUUCCGCUAGUGGAGGCAUGCUAAGUAGUUCCGCUAGUGGAGGCAUGCUAAGUCGUUCCGCUAGUGGAGGCAUACUAAGUAGUUCCGCUAGUGGAGGCAUGCUAAGUCGUUCCGCUAGUGGAGGCAUGCUAAGUCGUUCCGCUAGUGGAGGCAUGCUAAGUAGCUCUACUGGAGCUGAGGCAGACAGUGAAGAUUGUCAGGGCGCCAGGGGAGCCGGUCGCAUCAACAGGGAGGGGAGCGGAGAAUGGAUGGUGUAUGGCAUGAGCACAGGAAGCAGUGCAGGAAGUGGAGGGAGACUGAGUUCUACAGGAAGUGGAGGGAGACUGAGUACUGCAGGAAGUGGAAGCAGGUUGAGUACUGCAGGAAGUGGAGGCAGGUUGAGUACUGGAGGAAGUGGAGGCAGGUUGAGUACUGCAGGAAUUGGAGGCAGGCUGAGUACUGCAGGAAGUGGAGGCAGGCUGAGUACUGGAGGAAGUGGAGGCAGGCUGAGUACUGCAGGAAGUGGAGGGAGACUGAGUUCCACAGGGAGUGGGGGCAGGCUGAACUCUACAGGCAGUGGAGGGAGACUGAGCAUGAGCAGCUCUGGACGGAGUGUUGGAGGGGGUGGGAUGGUGAGCGGAGGAGCCGGGGCAGGUAAGACAGGAAGUGGGAGUGGCUGUCGGGUCAUCACCAGCAGCUCCAGUGGGGUGAUGAUCCGCAGCACCGGCAGUGGAAGUGGAACAAGCAGGGAGCGCAUCAGUGUGUGCAAGAUGGCCGUCAUGAAGAUGUCUGCGGCAGGGAAGGGGAGGAGUCAGGAGAGUCCUAAGGAAGUGUCGGGUUCAAAUCCUCGUAUCCAGAAGUGGAUGAACACGAGCGAUGAAGUGGUUGGCGAUCCAGUGGAAGACAAUGACUUCCUCCAUGUUACCUAAUCUGCAAUGAUCAAUAUUGAAAUCGUUUUAUGUUCUUAUAGUCCUGGGAUUUAUAGGGUAAUGAUAUACUGUGUGUGUAAUCUAAAAAUAGUACUCAGUACUAGUACUGAUUUUACAGUUUUUCUCAAUUGCAAAAACACUAAAACCCAUUGGCUGAACAAAGUUCUCAGUUGCCUGAACUCAUGUAGCUAAUUGGCCUGUCUGUAGUCAAUACCUGAAACUAUUUCACAUGGUAAAAAACCAUUUGCAGAUCUCACUUCUAAUUUUCAGCACAACUCUUAACACAUUCUCAUUUUCAAAACACAUUCUGCACUCUAAUGCACAUGUCAUCCAUACUGGUAAACACAAAUGGCAACAAUCAAAUACAAGUAGAGAAAACAUGUCAUUGACUAAACACAACCACUCAAAAUUGAUUUAACUUGUUUCAAAUGAUGUGACACAACUAAUAUAAGCCAGUUCAGAGAUCAAACAGGUUGUUGAAGGCGGGAAAAUAUUGCUUGUGAUGUCGACAAAGUGCUCUUACCUAACCCAGCCCAAAGACAAGAAGAAGCACAUUGAUCACAUGUUUACUCCUUUGAUUUUUGUCCCUUUUACUGUAGUAAUUGUAUACUGCAGUACAGUGCAAUGUAGGCUGUUUACUGUACAAUGAACAAAUUGUAUGGCCCUGAAACAUUGUACUUUCCAUUUGUAACAGUAACAGUACUGACUGCUCAAUAGAUUUUGGUUGGUUGCAGGUUCAUAUCAACAAAGAACAAGAGUGAGUAGUGAGAUGCAGGGUACAGUACUGUAUAGGGGUACAAGGAGGAGAAAGAGCAAAGAAAUUGCAGAGAGCAAAGCAGAGUAGUAAUUUCUGAUCAAUUUUGAGCUACUAUGAUAUAACAUGUUUUUGUUCAUCAAAAGACAAUGACGGAUAAAUAUGACAUUUGCUUUGAGAUUACGUAAAAAUGCACUUCUCCCUGAGAACUAUAUGUUUUGAACAAUGUGUUUUCUAUUUUUUGGUGUAUUGUUUACUGACUGCUUGAUUGUGUAUAUAAUUUAGAUCACUUUGUUUAUGAUUUGAGAGCAGUGUUUGAUUUUGAGCACAGGUAAAUCUGUUUUGAAGCGAAAGUUUCAUUUUGCAAGAGGAUUUAGAGGUUUUGUAAAUAGUGCUUGAAGAUGAGGUUUUGUGUUUACAGUUUUGAGAAAGUGGGUGACUGUUUCAAGAAAUAUGUUUUAGCAAUUGUGAAAAACUGAAUUGCCUACUGUGCAAGAGUAAUCAGAUAUGUCUUACGGAUCAUAACAUUUUUUAAGAGGCUGGUAAAUGGUCAAUCUUGUUGCAUGCAGGGGUUUAUCACUAGUGUGAGUAAAGGGAGAUUUCAGUACGCUGUUUCUAACUUUUCUGCUGAGCAAUGUGCAUCUUACAACUUUCAAUGAAGGUGUGACUCUACAUGUAAACAGAAGGUGGCAGAAUGCACAAAGCUGUUGUAGUGUUUGUUGGCUGUCGAAAGGGUUCACUACACUAUAUUUACUACGAAUCUAAAAUAAUAAAAGUAAAAUUGAUUUAUUGAUCUUCAACCA